AUGGCAGCAGCUGCCAAUGUCCUGCUCCUCCUGCUCUGCUCAACCUUCUGCUUCCUUGCCCACCUGGCGGCCGGCGACUACGGCGCGUGGCAGAGCGCCCACGCCACGUUCUACGGCGGCGGCGACGCGUCCGGCACAAUGGGCGGCGCGUGCGGCUACGGGAACAUGUACAGCACGGGGUACGGCACGAACACGGCGGCGCUGAGCACGGCGCUGUUCAACGACGGCGCCGCGUGCGGGUCCUGCUACGAGCUGCGCUGCGACAACGACGGGCAGUGGUGCCUGCCGGGCACCAUCACCGUGACGGCCACCAACUUCUGCCCGCCCAACUACGGCCUCCCCAGCGACGACGGCGGCUGGUGCAACCCGCCGCGCCCGCACUUCGACAUGGCACAGCCGGCCUUCCUCCAGAUCGCGCAGUACCGCGCCGGCAUCGUGCCCGUCGCCUACAGGAGGGUGCCGUGCGUGAAGAAGGGCGGGAUCCGGUUCACCAUCAACGGCCACUCCUACUUCAACCUGGUGCUGGUGACCAACGUGGCCGGCGCCGGGGACGUGCAGUCCGUCUCCAUCAAGGGCUCCAGCACCGGGUGGCAGCCCAUGUCCCGGAACUGGGGCCAGAACUGGCAGAGCAACUCGCUCCUCGACGGCCAGAGCCUCUCCUUCCAGGUCACCGCCAGCGACGGCCGCACCGUCACCAGCAACGACGUCGCGCCGGCCGGCUGGCAGUUCGGCCAGACCUUCGAGGGCGCCCAGUUCUAG